AAAUCGUUUGCCCUUCAAUACGAUCAUGUCGAUAAGAUAAGUGCUCACUUCAUACAAGUGGCAACGUGAUGUUUCAAUUAAAAUAGUAAUUGAAAAAAAUGUAAGGGGCAGCAUCAGUAGCAAUGAACGAGAAUGAAUUAUCAAAAGUUCUAAAAUAAUUUAGUCUUCCAAAUAAUUAUAAAUGUACUACUUAUACCAAUUAUUUAUUAUAUAAUUUUACUUGUAUAUCUGUACACUGUGGUUAACCACUUAUUAAAUUUACGACAGAAAUGUCAGAACAUGUUGAACUCCAGCAUUUAGUUGAUGCUGAUGUUGAAAGUAAUAUAACAACACGACAGAAACAAUUUUCAAUUUUAAUGUGCAAAUCCUGCCCUUAUCUUGGCCUAAUAUUAGCAACACUGUCAUCAUUAUUUUUUUCAUUAUGCAGUGUCAUUGUAAAGGGUUUAGUGGAAGUAAAUCCAAUGGAAUUGGCAGCAUUUCGGUUUGUGGGUGUAUUGUUGCCAGCAAUACCAAUUGUGAUAUACAAGGGAGAACAUCCUUUCCCAAAAGGACGUAGAUUAAUGCUAAUAUUAAGAAGUUUUGUAGGGACCACUGGCCUCAUGCUAAGUUUCUAUGCAUUUCGACAUAUGCCAUUAGCCGAUGCAUCUGUUGUAGUUUUCUCAGUUCCUGUAUUUGUAGCUAUAUUCGCAAAAAUAUUUUUAAAAGAGCCUUGCGGAUUAUUUAACGUUAUUACAGUCUGUUUAACACUGGUUGGUGUAAUUUUGAUAACACGUCCACCACUUAUUUUCGGACAUACUGUAGAAUCACUUUCAGAUGGACAUGUAAAAACAGCACAUGCAGAUUUAUGGGGUGCUGCGGCAGCUUUUUCUGCAACUCUUUUUGGUGCAAAUGCAUAUGUUUUAUUGCGAGCUUUGAAAGGUCUUCACUUUUCAGUAAUUAUGACAAAUUUUGGGUCAUUUGCUUUAAUUCAAACAAUAGUUAUAUCUUGGGCUAUAGGUGCACUAUGCUUACCAAGGUGUGGAACUGAUAGACUUUUGGUUGUUGCACUCGCUCUUUUCAGUUUUGGGGGUCAGAUACUAUUAACUUUAGCUUUACAGAUGGAACAAGCAGGACCAGUUGCAAUAGCAAGAUCAGCAGAUAUAGUGUUUGCUUUUUUUUGGCAAGUUUUAUUUUUUAAUGAAAUACCCAAUCCUUAUUCAGUAGGAGGAGCAAUUGUAGUUACAAGUUCAGUUUUAUUAACAGGAUUGAGAAAGUGGGCUCUUUCAUUACCAGAAACAUCUAAUGUAAAAAAGUCGUUAGGUAUUUUGGUAAUGUAGAGUAUGAUUUGUAAAGGACAGAGCAAACGUUCUAAAUGUAUCAUAUCUUUAUAAUGUAUCUUUGAUUUAAUUCAUUCUUUUUUCACAAAAGUAUGAAUUAUGAUCUUUAUUAUGAACUUUUGUUAUAAAACUUCCUUGAUACAUUCUCAAGUGUAACCAGAAAUAUACUACAAUUGUUCAAGUUGUUUAUUUAAAUGUAUUUAUAAAAAUAAAUAAUAUAUUUGGUCUAUACAAAUAGACUUUGAAAAUUUUAUAAUACUAAAUUAUUUGAACUUUGUGACAGCAAAAAUAUCUCUAUAAGCAUGUUAUAGAUUCAUCUAAUAAAAAUAAAGCUAUCAUUAAAUAUAAACAUAAA